GCCGGUCCAGCGGGCUGUCAGCGCCAGCUCUGCCCCCGGAACGAGCUCCCGGACGGACCGUCUCCUGAUCGAAGACCGGAGACCACGAACAGGCCGAUAACGAUGAUGUCGGAGAACUUGGAGCACAGCGAAGACGUCGGCGUCCUGCCCCCCCAUGAGUUGGAGCCCCCCAGGGAGGAGGACGGACACUGCCCCUUGCCCUUCAGGCUGCAGCUGAUCGACGACCUGUCCUACGAAGACGUGAAGAAGUGCUACAGAGGAUCGACCGUCAGCAAGUACAACUCUCAGUACCACAAACUGUUCCAGACCGUCCCCAAAGAGGAGAUCCUGAUGAAAGUGUAUUCUUGUGCGUUGUUGAGAGACAUCCUGCUGCAGGGACGACUCUACAUCUCCAGAAACUGGCUGUGUUUCUACGCAAACCUGUUUGGUAAAGACAUCAAGGUUUGUAUUCCAGUGGUGUCGGUCCGGCUGGUGAAGAAGCACAAGACUGCCGGUCUGGUGCCGAACGGCCUGGCCAUCACCAUGGACACCGGACAGAAGUAUGUGUUUGUGUCCCUGCUGUCCAGAGACAAUGUCUAUGACGUCCUCAGGAGGAUCUGCACCCACCUGCAGGUGAACGGGAAGAGUCUGAGCCUGAAGCAGUACCUGGAGGAGCCCAGCUCUCUGUCUAUGGACGAGUAUCCGGAGGUGCUGAAGUGGAGGAGGAAACCGUCGCUCCCCGCCGUCUCCUCGUCCCUCCCGGACCUGCUGGGAAACUCCUCCCCCAGCCUCGCCGCCGACACGCCCUUCGGCGCGCACACGCUCACCGACAGCGGUCUGAAGACAGAGAAGAUCCUGCUGACAGAACCAGUACCUGAACUGGGUCACAUGGAGUACCAGCUGCUGAAACUCUUCAUCCUGCUAGUCUUCCUGCUGGUCCUGUCGUCCUGCUAUCUGGCCUUCAGAGUCUGUCGUCUGGAGCAGCAGCUCAGCUUCCUGAGCAGCCAGCCGACACUGAGAGAGAGGUGCGGAGAGGUGCCCUGUUGGCUGGCCAAUCAGAGGACGGGGACCUGACGCUGCGGCCGAUCGAUGUAAAGAAAAGGCCGCGCUUACAUAGACUUGCCAUUAGGGGGCGGCGGUGAGAGGAGACGGCUCUCGGGAGGAGCUCAGCAGCUGACCUCUGACCCCGCCGCGACCCGGUUACCAUAGAGACGUCACAAUAGCCAACACACAGUAGACUGACCUCUGACCUCUGAGGCCGACGUGUUUCGGUGGACAUGACGAGAUCAGAGGGCUGAGCAACGGCAACGUGCUGCAACAUAACAGACGUAGAUUAAUCCUGUGGAGCAGAGUGUGUGUGU